AUGGCGGCAGAAAAACCGCCUGGAGAUGACUUUGUUCUCUUUUUACCGCCAAGUGUCUAUGGAUUCAAUAUGCUGGAUAAAAAGUGGGUUAAUUUGUUGGUUGAUAACAUGGUGCCGAUUCUGUGGAACAAGGACGCCUUCGAAAGCUUUGCUUUGGAUGAGGAAACAAAGGUGCUUAUCACGGCACUUGUUACAAACAAAAUUACCACGAACAUGUUAGUGGAUAUUAUGAGCGGAAAGGGAAACGGGUUGAUUGUGUUACUGCAUGGGGGUCUUGGCAUUGGAAAAACAUUGACUGCAGAGAAUGUAGCGGAGAUCGUUGAAAAACCACUCUAUCGGGUGACUUGCGGGGACAUUGGAACGAAUGCAGAAAAUGUGGAAAAGUCUGUGCUCACCCAAACAGUUGUUCUCCUGGACGAAGCCGAAGUUUUCCUGCAAGAACGGAGUCUCGAAGACUUGCAGAGAAAUGCUCUUGUUUCAGACUCCCACCAUCCCCAACCCAACACUAUUCACCAUCUCCCAGGUAUCCUCAUCCUCACAAGCAAUCGCGUCGGCACCUUCGACGAAGCUUUCAAAUCCCGCAUCCAGCUCGCCCUUCGCUACGAACCCUUCAAUAAAUUCCAGCGCCGCAAGGUCUGGGAGAACUUCAUCAAAAAGAUCGAAGAAUUCGAAGCCGACACAAUCGAAUCCGGCGAUUUGUGCAGGAACAUUGACCAGCUGGCUGCUUUUGACAUGAAUGGACGGCAGAUCCGCAACGCGAUGACGACGGCGCGUCAAUUAGCCAAGUACCAGGAACAGACACUAGAUUUCAAGGUGCUGAGGCAUGUCAUUAAUGUAUCGGGGAAGUUUGAUAAUUAUCUGAAGAAUUUGAAUAAGAAGUUGUCGGAUGAGAAUCUGGCGAGAGAGGAGCCUUUACGAUAG